AUGCAUCUCAACUUCAGGGGUCUGCGGGCCCUGGUGACAGGGGCAGGGAAAGGGAUCGGCCGGGACACCGUGAAGGCACUGCAUGCCUGUGGAGCCAGGGUGGUGGCUGUCACCAGGACCAACUCCGACCUGGUCAGCCUGGCCAAAGAGUGCCCCGGCAUCGAGCCCAUGUGCGUGGACCUGGGCGACUGGGAGGCCACUGAGCGGGCGCUGGGGGACGUGGGCCCCGUGGACUUGCUGGUGAACAACGCCGCUGUGGCUCUGGUACAGCCCUUCCUGGAGAUCACCAAGGAGGUCUUCGACAGAUCCUUCAAUGUGAACCUGCGUGCUGUCUUGCAGGUGUCCCAGAUCGUGGCCCGGGACAUGAUCAGCCGAGGUGUGCCGGGCUCCAUCGUCAAUGUCUCCAGUAUGGUGGCCCACGUCACCUUCCCCUGUCUGUCUGUCUAUAGCUCCACCAAGGGCGCCAUGACCAUGCUGACCAAGACCAUGGCCCUGGAGCUUGGACCGCACAAGAUCCGGGUGAACUCUGUGAACCCCACAGUGGUGCUGACUGCUAUGGGCCAGAAAGUCCUUGAAAACCCCGAGUUUGCCCAGAGUCUGAAGGAACGCCACCCCAUGAAGAAAUUCGCAGAGUCGGAGGACGUAGUCAACAGUAUCCUUUUCCUGCUCAGUGAUUGUAGCGCGUCCACUAGCGGUUCGGGCAUCAUGGUAGAUGCUGGGUACCUGGCCUCUUAG